AUGAGUGUCGCAUACGAGCCCCGGACCUUUAUCCACGAGGGCGGCUAUCCUCCCAUCGGCGACGAUCAUGAUCACACAGCCGACCAGCGGUUUACCGACAACGAUGUCGCCGAACAACUGAGCCAUUACACAACCGAGGCCGCCAUGCUCCCCGACAGCACAGGCAUACUUGGAGAUGAUCGAGGCAUGAUGCCUGAGGAUGCCGCUGCCGUCCAAGAAGCAACACGGCUCGACCUAACACAUACGACCUUCCCAUCUCCGACCCAGGCGGCGCUGCAAGAGCCUUCUCUCGAUCCUCUACCCGAAGACAAGGACCUAUCGCCAGGUGCCGGCUCUCCUCCUUCGUCCCGUAUCAAGCCGAUCCCCAAGCCCGAUCGAGAUGUUGUCAAGCAAGCGGAUGGCAAAUUCCACUGCCCGCUCGACGAGUGCAAGGAGGAAGUGAGAACAUUUUCGCGCAAGUGCGAGUGGAACAAGCACAUGGACAAGCACGAGCGACCCUAUCGAUGUCCUGCCGACGGAUGCGAGAAUCUCCCCGGUUUCACCUACUCGGGCGGGUUGCUCCGACACGAGCGAGAGGUUCACGGCAAGCAUGGCGGUCCCAAGAAUACAGUCAACUGCCCUCAUCCGAACUGCAAGCGACACACAGGGAAGGGAUUCUCAAGACAAGAGAAUCUGAACGAACAUUUACGCCGCGUCCAUACCAAUCCCGACGGAACCACUCCCCCGGCCGAUACCGCUCAAUCUCCCGACGAAAACGAUGCCGAGAAGGUGGGCAUGAAGCGCAAGCGCCGCUCAAGUGCUCAGACUAGCGAGGAGAUGGUUGAGCUCCGCGAGGAGGUCAAGCGUCUCAAGGAAGAGAACGAGAAGCUCAAGGCAGAGAUGGACACUCAGUCACAGCAUUCGCUCGCCAUGAUGGCUCAGAUAGCCGAGCUUCAAGAUGCCCUGCGUCAUGGACUCGGUCCGCACACCCUGGGAGCUCCUACGGCGCAGAUGAUUUAGGAAACCGAGGAACCCCAGGCGUCGAUUUCGAAUCUCAGCUCAAUCCUGCGCGACGAAACUUUGCGACUACAACUCUUGAACAGCGCAUAGACUGCUUUUGCUCUGCCAGUUCUCUUCGGACGACCUCUCCUCUUUCAGCUACAUUCUGCUCGGCGUUUGGUCCCAUAUAAGGCACAGGGCUGCCCUCCAAGGAUGAACUGCAUUUGCUUUUUUAUACGAACCCCCAUUUUUGCGCUCUUAUGUUAUACUUUAUCCCCCUCCUCCUUUACGGCGUGGCGUUUGAUUUGAAUGUUCCGGAAGAGAUGAUAUCCCCCUCCUAUUUUACACUGCACGCACACGCACAAGCGAUGGAACGAAGAGAACGACCAAAGGGCGAAAUGCCCAGGACCGGCUUAGGCUAUAAGGUUUUUUUUUUUUACGAGAUGAUGAGCAGGCGGGUCGAGGGAAAUAUGGAUGGACUUUGAUGUACAAUCGUGUAAUAUAUAUAGACGGGUUGCCCCUUUUGCCUCCC